CCAAAAGCGUUAACGAAGCCACCAAUAUGCCUCCUCCAAGCUUACCAUUAGAUCCGCGACACUAACGAGAAGGAAUCAUGCAAUCCAAUGCGCAAAUCCAACGCUCGACUGCCACUACUGCCGAAUAGGAGAACAUGGGAAGUUAUCACGGAGCGUAAUUUACCCCCCAGACAAUCGGAACCUACGUAUUGUAUUUGUAUUGUACCAGACAAUUACCACAGCAAGCCCCACCAAAAAGUUCUACACCACUGGCAUCUAACAUGCAUCCUCCGAGCGACUAUCCGGACAUCCCAUCGCUUCAGUUUGCACCGCCAGUUGCCCCUUCCAUACCGAAUUUGCCACGCCGAACAUGUCGUCCUCCAGUGAUUUCUCCAUUGACCAGUCCGACCUCGAGAAGCUCAACGACAAGGACAAGGCCGAGCUGCGCCAAUUCUUUUCAAACGAGGAACAGCGCGCGCGGGUCCACGCACAAACCCACGAGUUAACGACCAUCUGCUGGAAGAAGUGCAUCACCAGCUCCGUCCGCAGUGGCGCGCUCGACAAGGGCGAGCAGACCUGCCUGGCAAACUGUGUCGACCGGUUCAUGGAUGCCAACCUUCUUACGAUGAAGCACCUUCGCGAUAUGCGCCAGCAAUGAUAGGCGCGUGGGGCAGUGACGUACGGAGGGUGUAGGAUAGGAAGCGGUUUCGACUAUCCCCACUGGAGUCUGAAGCCGGAUCAACCUGGACAGCAGAGCGGAAGAAGUAGAUACUAUGUAUCCGACUGGGACAGGGAGGACAUGGCAGGGCUUCCCGGUCACUUAUAGAUGGAAGGAGCCUGCGAUUCUGGAUGAAGAAAUUGGCAGUACCUACACGACGCGGCAAACGAGGACACCCAAGGCAAUUCUACACUGUACAGUAGACGCGGGUACGGGGAAUAUAGGUACUAGAUGGAUGGGAUCACAACU